AACCGGUGAAAAGAAAAGCAAAAUGUUUUCCCACUUAAAACAGUAAAGACAUAACCCAAAACAGAACAUCAAAACAUCGGAAGAUGCAACUCUCUCUCCCUUCACUCCUCCUCCUCCUUCUCCUCGCCGCACUAUCACCUCCGGCGACUUCCCACUACUCCUCCUCAACCUCAUCUCCCUCCUCCGUAUCUUCCUCCGCCUCCGAAUGGCGCCCCGCGCGAGCCACCUACUACGCCGCGACCAAUCCUCGCGACGAAGUAGGCGGUGCGUGCGGAUACGGAGAUCUCGUCAAAUCCGGAUACGGCAUGGCCACGGUCGGACUGAGCGAGACUCUGUUCGAGCGUGGUCAGAUCUGCGGCGCUUGUUUCGAGCUCAGAUGCGUCGAUGAUCUGCGGUGGUGCAUCCCCGGGACUUCGAUCAUCCUCACCGCCACGAACUUCUGCGCUCCUAAUUACGGUUUUGACCCCGACGGUGGUGGUCACUGUAACCCUCCGAACAAGCACUUCGUGUUGCCGAUCGAGGCGUUUGGGAAGAUCGCUAUUUGGAAAGCUGGGAACAUGCCGGUGCAGUAUCGAAGGAUUAACUGUAGGAGGGAAGGAAGCAUUAGGUUCACAAUAGAUGGUGGAGGCAUUUUCAUUUCGGUUCUGAUCACCAAUGUUGCUGGAUCAGGUGAUAUAUCUGCUGUGAAGGUUAAAGGGUCGAGAACCGGGUGGUUACCAAUGGGUCGUAACUGGGGACAGAACUGGCAUAUCAACGCCGAUCUCAAGAACCAAGCUCUCUCGUUUGAAGUGACUGCUAGUGAUAGAUCAACCGUGACAGCUUACAACGUUGCUCCUAGAAACUGGGACUACGGACAAACCUUUGAAGGGAAACAGUUCGAGACUCCGUGACACACAGAGAAGGGUUACACCAUGAUAUAAGAAUUUUUUGAUGGCAAGAUCUAAGGUUACAUGACUAAGGAGUGUUCUUUUUGCAUUUCAUAGUUUCACUCUCCGACGAAUAGGUACGAGAAGUCACCAAUGUACUAAGAAGAGUGAUCACACAAACAUCACUAUUGUAUCUUUGCAUUACUAAGGAGCAAAAGCUUCCUCUCAAAUGCUUAAAGCUAAUGAUGACCAAAACCACUAGUGUACUGUUGUUGUAACAGAAGCUAAGAAAAGAAUACA